AUGGUUCUGCGGAAAGUAUUCCUCGUGCUUUGCUUCGUGGCGUAUGCUACGUCGCUGAAUGGACGUUUCGAAGUGGACUCAAAAAGCCCGGAUGGAAGCGCAGUUAUGGCGCGUAUUUCAGAUACACUCUAUCGUGGAGGUUCAGCGUAUCUGGAACUUUACAUAUAUUAUAGUAAACACAUAAAAAAACGUGUUGGUGAUAAACAAAAGGUGUUGGAAUAUUUGAAACUGUUUUUAGAAAAGGUAAACAAAAUUCUGAAAACUGCGGAACCAACACUAACUGUGCAGUUUAGUCUUCUGGGAGCCAGUCAAUGGAAUGAGAGUUACAGAGCUCUCACUGCAGACAGAAAAGCCCUAGAUGCCGAACUUUUGAUUGCGAUACUUGAGGUGUACGGGAACAGGCUUGCGACACGGCUGCACAAGGAAAAGUACAGGAAUAUAGAUGCUGUGUUGUUUCUUACCAGGUCAGGCAUUAGAAAUGUAUCCAUGAGUGAGUUUGAAAAUACAAUCAACAACAAUGACGUGACCAGCAAACGGCGCGACAUUCUGACCGGCAUUGUAGGACGAAUCGGAGGUAUUUGUGUGAAAGAACAUUUUGUCGCAGCCGUGACGGAUGACGGUAAAUUCCGUGGUGUUAAAAGGGCUGCGCGCCAGCUGUCACAUCUUAUGGGGGCCGUGGAAGACGGUCAAGGCCCUCCUGGUUGGGAUUAUGUUCAAGGAAGCGAUGGGGCAUCAUGGUGUGACUACGAUGACGGCUAUCUUAUGGGAAAGCCGAAUGGAAGAAACAGCGAAACUCUCUCCAGAUGCAGUGCGUCCUCGUACAUACUGGGUAUAAGGCAACGCGGACCCGGAUGUUACGACCGUACCCCACGCAACGAAUCGUUGGACAGCGAAAUCCUGGAAUAA